AUGCGACGUCAACCACCACCACAACAACCGAUUGAUUGUCGCUACUUUGCCAACGGAAUCUGUUCGAAAGGCAACGCGUGCACAUUCAUCCACGACGCUGCGACGAGAAACGAGAACAUUUGUCAGUUCAAUUUGGUUGGAAACUUUUCGAGUUAUAACACUGCUGAAAAUGCUGAUUUUUCAGCGGAAGCUGUCAUUUUCUCACUAAAAACUGGUCAAAAAUCGUAUUUCCCAGCUUUAACUCAGUAUUUUGCUAUCUAUACGAGAUGUUCAUUCGGUCAAGCGUGCCGUUUUCUUCAUACUCGUCCGAAGAAUGACGAAUGUCCAUCAACGUCUUCUCCCUCUUCUUCGUCGUCUUCUAAAUCCUCAAAACUCACAGCGACAGUAAUCACUCCUCGAGUUCGUCCCAUUCAAUUGGCUCAACCGGGGCUCAAUAUCGAUGCGACUGAAUUCGUACCGAGUUGGAUGAAGAAAUCGGAAAAAUCUGUGGGAAAUGGCACCCAACCACCAAUAUCGUACGCAGCCGCCGCCUCCUCGCGUAUCCUGACGUCAUCUGAAGGCGGCACGUCAUCACCCGACGGCUCGACGUCUUCAUCGAAUUCUCCGUUGACGGCGGACGCCCAAAUGUGUCCGUAUCACUUGAAAAACGGUGAUUGCAAUCGAAAAGACUUCGCGUGUCCAUUCGCACACGGAGAUCUAUGCGAUAUGUGUCAUCAGUGGUGUCUUCAUCCGACUAAUCAAGAAUUGAGGAAAUUACAUCAAAAUGAAUGCCUCGAAUCUCACACACAAGAGAUGGAACGAGCCUUCAUGCUCCAGAAGACCGAACAGAAGACGUGCGGAAUCUGUAUGGAAAAUGUAUUACAUAAGAAUCUCCGUUUCGGAAUUCUCAACGGAUGUCAACACUGUUUCUGUCUGGAUUGUAUCCGACAGUGGCGGACACGGGAUCAACAAUCCGUCGAUUUGGACACAAAAACUGUCCGAUCGUGUCCAGAGUGCCGUCAACACUCGGAUUUUGUGAUUCCGUCGCUUUUUUGGGUCGAAAAUGGGGAGGAGAAGGAUUUAUUGAUUGAAAUGUACAAGGAGAAUAUGAGGGCGAAAGUUUGCAAAUAUUACACAGCGAAAAACGUGACUCGCGGACAAUGUCCAUUCGGCAACAAAUGCUUCUACAAACAUCAACUUCCCGAUGGUUCCAUCGAUCCAGGAGAGUCUCCACACGCGCGUCGCCGUUUCAACGUCGCCGACUUCCUCUUCGACUUGGAUGAUUCAGAUGACGACACUCCGACGUCCGGCUAUGUCCCAUUCUUGGCAAUCGGAUCAGACGACCGAGAGGGAUACGCGCGUUUUCUGGCAGAAAUGGAAUUGGACACCCCCGACGGCGAUUUGUUCCGACGAAUCACUGCGAUGGCUCGUCAUUUGACGACUCGCAGUCAUAUUACUCGAAUGUCCGCCACCGCACCGCCAGAAUAA